CAGCACCCUCUGAGCCGGCCAGGAUGUUCGGGCUGUUCAGCUUCUGGAGAACCUUUGACAGCGUGGUCUUCUACCUCACGCUGAUCGUGGGCCUUGGGGGACUGGUAGGUAACGGGCUGGUGCUCUGGAACCUCGGCUUCCACAUCAAGAAGGGCCCCUUCUCUGUCUACCUGCUGCACCUGGCCGCCGCCGACUUCCUGUUCCUCUCCUGCCACAUGGGCUUCUGCGUGGCUCAGGCUGCCCUGGGUGCCCAGGACACACUCUACUUCGUGCUCACCUUCCUGUGGUUCGCGGUGGGGCUCUGGCUGCUGGCGGCCCUCAGCGUGGAGCGCUGCCUCUCCACCCUCUUCCCCACCUGCUACCAGGGCUGCUGGCCCAGACACGCCUCGGCCAUCCUCUGCGCCCUGGUGUGGGCCCUGACCCUGCCGGCCGUGCUGCUGCCCGCCAACGCCUGUGGCCUGCUGCGCAACAGCAGGCGCCUCCUGGUCUGCCUGCGCUACCACGUGGCCAGCGUCAUCUGGCUCCUGGUGCUGGCCUGUGUGGCCUACACGGCUGGCGUGGUCCUCUUUGUCUGGGUGACCUGCUGCUCCACGCGCCCACGGCCCAGGCUCUACGGCAUCGUCCUGGGCGCGCUGUUCCUGCUCUUCUUCUGUGGCCUGCCCUUGGUCCUCUACUGGAGCCUGCGGCCCCUGCUGAACUUCCUGCUGUCCAUGUUUUUACCACUGGCCACGCUGCUGGCCUGCAUCAACAGCAGCGCCAAGCCCCUCAUCUACUUGGCGUCGGGCCGGCAGCCCGGGAAGCGGGAGCCACUGCGGGUGGUGCUUCGGAGGGCCCUGGGGGAGGGUGCCGAGCUGGGUGCCAGGGAACAGUCCCUGCCCAUGGGCCUCCUAUAAGUGGGCUUGCCCCACCCACAGGGCCUGCCAGGAAGUGCCCACCCCCCUACCCUCGCCCACCCCGCACCCAGAUGCUUCCAGGACCGGGAGGAGCCCCACCCACCACCUAGCUCUUACCCUGAGCACCCAAGGGCUGGACACAGCUGGGGAGACUUGGCCCUGACCACCCCCUGGCCAGGCCUGCUGAGGAUGAGGGAGGCAGGAAAAUGAAGCUGGAGAGAGGUCGAGCAAGGUGGGAGAAAGGAGAAGCCUCCUGAAUAGGGGUGAGAACGGGCACCACGCCCCCAGGCCCAGCCCAGAUCCCCUCACCCGGCCCCUCUCCACCCUGCUGCACCUCAGUCACAGGGGAGAAAACUGCGAAGUAAAACAGAGCCAGCCCCCAGCCCACAGUGGCUGGAUUGGAACUCAGGCUUCUGGACACCUGGGCUAGGUGGGCGCUGUCCAUGCCACCUGCUGGCUGAGACUCUGAUUCUCCCACUACAGAGUUGGAGUGGAACUACUCCUUACUCCCCGCCCCGCUCAGCCAUCAUUGUCCUGCCCGCCCCACGGGGACCACACCAGGGCUCUGUCCCCCUCUCUGAGGCCCCAGGAUGGGCAGAUGACUGAUGUCACCAGCAGAAGCCACCAGGUGGUGCUGUUUCUGUAAGAACAGACCCAGCCCCGUGGGCCGGCGGACACAGGAGCCUCCAUCCCCUCGGUCCGCUCCCGUCCCCUCGGUCCGCUCCC